GGUCCCCAAACCCUCGGCAGCCGCGUUCUCCUUCACCCGCGCCCGACGACAGCUUCGUUCAGGCCAGAUUAAUUUGCUGCGCAAUUAUCCAGCACAAGCUCAAGUGUUUGGUGCUUCUGCAUACGCAGGGCAUCCUCCUUCAUCUUAUGCGCGCGCUGCGUCCGGGCAUUUGCAAUGUCAACACUCGUCGUGAGUUGAUGGCCUUGUCAUGCACGGUGCUUUUGCUGCUGCCCGUAUCCAAAACUUCGUCGGUCGCCGAGAGCUCAAUUCAAAACGAGCAAAGCGUAACGUCGAUCAGCGUCAACGUGGGCGCAAAGCGAGACGGUAGCGAGGCACCAAUUUCAGACCGGAUCCGAAGGGGAAGAUCACAAACUUUGACAAGUCAUGAAAAAAUGCAAAUAGCGAUGUGCAGCGAUCUCUGCUGCUCUUGGCUGGAGGUGGAGAGGAAGAGUCUCCUCUAAUUCACAAAAAUAGAGAAAAUCUGUGUUCACACGAGUAC